AACAUCAUGUCAAUUAUUUCACAGCUAUAAAAUUGCAAAUCCAAACAUAGUUUAGGGUUUCCUUUCCUUUCAAAUUUUUGUGAUUUCAGCUUUAUCACCAUCAAUUAUCUAAUCACCCAACAAAGCUUCAUUUUUUUUGUGUUGAGGGAUACAUAUAAAAGAUUGUGGUUGAUUUGAAAAUGAUAGUGCUGGAAUGAUAGUUUGUUGUUCUUGAUCUUGAUCCAAAGAGACCCUUUUGUAAGACUUAUGGAUUUGGAAAGAGAAAGUUCUGCUCAUGAAUCUGUUGAAGAUAAUGAAUUAGCCACCAAUCCAGAUUAUGUUUCAAAUCUUGAUCAUAAUAAGGACCAGGUUAAGGUAAAUGGGUCUUAUUCAAAAGAGAAUGAUGAUGCGGAUACUAGCAGAAUUGUUGAUUCCAAUACUUCUGCUAAUGAUGAACAAGUUAAAGAAGCUAUAGGAAAUGAAGUAGAGAAGGAGUCAUUAUCAGCUAAAUCUCCUUCUGUGGGGUCACCUCCUUUAGCCAAAGGAUAUGGAUUGAGAAAGUGGAGGCGGAUUAAGAGAGACGUUGUUAAGGAUGGUAGUGCGAAUGCAGAUAACAGUAAAGUUUUGAAGCGCGGAUUGUCUAAUUCUGGGAAUCCAAGCAAACCAACAAAUUUUGUGUCCGCUGAGAUCAUACAAAAUAGCGAGGGCUCUGUUGGAUCCACUAAUGUGUUAAGAAAUAUGGGUGUUGUUGAUGGGUUGGUGGGUCCUGGGAUUAAUUUGGAAUCUAGAUUUGCAGUUGGGUCUGCUUUUGCAGCAGGCGAAGAUUCUGAGAAUAGUGAAGAUCGGAGUAGCAAGUCGUCAACAGCAGCCAGUGCUCCAAGAUUGAGGUAUGAUCUUCCUACAGUGUUGGGGUAUGUGAAGGAGAAGAACAGGAUCAAGAAUUUGAGUGGGAAGAAUGCUGGGCCAUCAACUCAACGAGUUCAACAAGGGAAGGCACGGGUUGAAAGCAGUAAGAAGCCUAGAGGAGAAAGGGUCAAAAUUGAGAAAGAAAACUCUCAUUCCAGCAUAGAAUCUGACUCGAGAAGCUCCAACUUUGUCUUUAUGCAGGGUGCUUAUUCUGUGACAAGUAACGGAAAUCAAAGAGAAAGGUCAAUGUAUUAUGAUGGAGAAAACAGUGAUGAUGCUCAUGCUGGGGGGCAACGAUUUAGCGAGGACCAAGAGAAUGCGGGAGAAGAUGAAGAUGCUUUUCAAGAUGAUUUAGUUGCAGAUGCUUCUUGGGAGGGUAAGGAGGAGAAAAGCGAGAGCCAUCACCCCUCAACAGAAAAGGAUCCUUUAGUUGAGUCUAUCCUUACCCUCAAAUCAGUACAGGAAGCCCUCGAAAGUGAGGUUCAAAAAUUGGGGGAAAUUGGCAAGGUUAGCAGCAUUGCAGAAAGUUCCACUUUUGCUGACCGAGGAAUCCAUGAAUCAAGCCCAUCUGAACAACUUGAUUCUGAAAAUAUCAGACAAUCAAAUUCUUUGGAAUCUCAAGUAUUAAGCUUGACACAUAAUGUAAAAUAUUUAGAAAGUAGAUUGGAGGAGGCAGAGGUUAUGCUCAAGGUGAAGGAAUGCAAGGUUGCAGAACUGGAAAAUAGCUUGAUUAGUGGCAAAUCAGCAAAUAACAUAGAGUUGCAGCAGGAGAAAUCUAGAGAGAUUGAAACUGAGCUUGAAGGCAUUUUUAAGCAAAAGAUUGAGGCUGAAGUUGAGUAUUUGACACUAACAAAGACAAUACAGAAGUUGAGAGUUGCUGCAGGCGAUCAAAUGACUCUAUUUGAACAACAAGAAAAUCUGGCUGGUGAACAAGUGCAGAUGCUGGACAAGAUUGGGGAGGCAGAGAGGAAAGCUGCAAUGCUUAUGAAACAAGUGGAGGAGGUGGAAAAAUACCGCGGAGAUAUUUUAGGGACUGAAGAGGUGUUAAGGAUGCAGAGGAGAGUAUGUAAGGUUACUUCAUGCUUUUUCAUGCAGUUGGUUUUGCUUAUCUUGGUCUUUUUGUUGUUAGUGUUACACUUAUCACCCCAAUCUGGGGUUGUUGUACCCACCUAAAUAUUUUAGAAUGGUAGGCCUUUUUUAAUUCUUUUUUGUGUAUUCACUACUUUUUCUAGUCAAAGAUCUGAAGGUUAAAUUUUGAUGUUAGAACUUUUCUUUUUUCUUUUUUGGGUGUCACGGGGAGGUUGGAGUUGUAACCAAGUUUUCAGGUUUUGUCAUGCACAUUCGUAAUCCAUUGUUUUAAUAUUUCCUUUCA